UAGUGAAGCCACACACAAAGAAGAGAAGGAGAAGCCAAAGAGACGACGAUUUACAAAAGAUGAGGAUCACUGUGAUGACCGCCGGCGAACAAAUCAUCACCCUUGACGUCGAUUCACACGAAACCGUUGAGAAUGUUAAAGCCUUGCUGGAAGUUGAGGCGAAUGUUCCGAUUCAGCAGCAGCAGCUCUUGUAUAAUGGAAAUGAGAUGAGGAAUUCUGAUAAAUUGAGUGAUUUGGGUGUAAAAGAUGAUGAUUUGUUGAUGAUGAUGGUUUCCAGUGCAUCAUCUGGUAGUGCGGUGGGGAGUGAUUUGGCUAUGAAUCCUGAUGGGUCAGCGUCGAACCCUGCGGCUUUUCAGCAACAUAUUCGGGGUGAUGCUAAUAUUAUGGGACAGUUAUUUCAGACGGAUCCUGAGCUUGCGCAAGUGAUUUCUGGAAGCGAUUUGAAUAAGUUACAGGAUGUUUUGCGUUCACGGCAUCAACAGAGAUCUGUAGUGCAGCGUCAGAAGGAGGAAGAACUCGCCCUUCUGUAUGCAGAUCCUUUUGAUGUUGAAGCACAGAAGAAGAUCGAAGCUGCAAUUCGUCAGAAAGGAAUUGAUGAGAACUGGGAAGCUGCCCUUGAACAUAAUCCUGAAGGCUUUGCUCGGGUGAUAAUGCUGUAUGUGGAUAUGGAGGUCAAUGGUAUACCUUUAAAGGCUUUUGUUGAUAGCGGUGCUCAGUCGACAAUCAUAUCCAAGAGCUGUGCUGAGAGAUGCGGAUUGCUGAGACUCAUGGAUCAACGGUAUAAAGGUAUUGCUCAGGGUGUUGGCCAAACAGAGAUAUUAGGCCGCAUUCAUGUCGCUCCAAUCAAGAUUGGGAAAAACUUUUACCCGUGUUCAUUCAUAGUGCUGGACUCACCUAACAUGGAGUUUCUAUUUGGCCUUGAUAUGCUGCGUAAGCAUCAGUGUACUAUUGAUUUGAAGGAUAACGUCCUGACUGUUGGAGGAGGAGAGGUCUCUGUUCCCUUUUUGCAAGAGAAAGACCUUCCUUCUCGAUUCUUGGAUGAAGGUGGUGUUCCAAAUCAAGCAUCUAGCUCUGGAGCAACUGUUCCUUCUGGGUUUACAGAGAAGAAGAGUAACACAGUUGCAAGCCCAGCGAGUCAACCUUCAAAAUCAGAGGGACCUGAAUUUGAAGGCAAGAUAGCAAAGCUUGUGGAGUUAGGCUUCUCCAGGGAAGCAGUGGUACAAGCUCUCAGAUUGUUUGAAGGAAACGAAGAACAAGCUGCUGGGUUUCUCUUUGGCGGCUGAAGUUUAAAUAAAUUAAAUAGUCUCAUUUACCAAAACGCCAAACAAACUGUGAUUUAAAGAGACUCUUUUUCAAUCUGCCUUUAUUUUUGUAUUUUAUUAGCUCUUCUUUACAAAACAUAGCAAUGGUGUAACUGCAGAACCAUGUCUUCAAGACAUCUCUCAAGUUAUUUUAUGCUGUCGAGUAAGCAGACGAAAGGUUUCGUAGAAAUGGAACUUUGAU